AUGACCGAGCCCGAGAACUUCGAGGAUGAUCUCUUCGCCGACCUUUACGACGAUAACGACGCUUCCAAGGCGGCACCUCCCCCCGUAGCCGCAGCUCCGCCAGCCCCGGAAGUCCAACCAACCAACACCAAUAACAAUGAUCAAGACGGGUCGUAUCAGCAUCAAGACGCGGGAGGUGAUGAACACAUGAUGCAGGAUCAGGAUGAUGAUGACGAUGACGUCGAUUUCAACCUUGGUGGAGGAGGCUCUACAGGAGCUGGUCACACAAGCCAAGUUGCUGCUCAUGACGAUGUCCCAACGCCUCCGCCGUACGGAACUGUACACAAGGCAAGUGCCAAGGAAGACGGUAAGAUGUUCAUUGGCGGUCUCAACUGGGAGACAACGGAUCAAUCCCUACGAGACUACUUUUCGCAGUUUGGCGAGGUUGUUGAGUGCACCGUCAUGAGAGAUAGCAGCACAGGACGGUCACGAGGUUUUGGUUUCCUCACCUUUAAGGACGCCAAGACGGUUAACAUUGUCAUGGUCAAAGAGCAUUUCCUGGAUGGGAAGAUUAUCGAUCCCAAGCGUGCUAUUCCCCGUGAUGAACAGGAAAAGACGAGCAAGAUCUUUGUAGGAGGUGUCAGUCAGGAGACGACCGACCAGGAGUUUAAGGAGUACUUUGCCCAAUUCGGUCGCGUUGUGGAUGCAACCCUCAUGAUGGACAAGGACACAGGUCGACCACGAGGAUUCGGCUUUGUCACGUUUGAGAGUGAAGCCGGUGUCGAUGCCUGCAUCAAUGUGCCCUUGGAGAUCCAUGGAAAGCCCAUCGAGGUCAAGAAGGCCCAACCCCGAGGCAACCUCCGAGAGGAAGAGGAGGCUUCCCGACGCAACAAGUUCAGAAAGGAUGGCGAUCAGUCCAACCAGGGAUCCAUGGGCCAGCAGAUGGGCAACAAUGGCAUGACGCCCCAGGCCAUGGCCCAGUACUUCCAGCGCAUGCAGCAGUACUUUGCCAUGAUGCAGUCGCAGAUGGCCAUGAGCCGAGGAAUGCCCAUGAACCCAGGCAUGUGGCAGAACAUGAUGCAGAUGCAGCAAAUGCAGCAGCAGAUGAUGGGCCGUGGCGGCGGAGCCAAUGGGCAGAACAUGAUGAACAACAUGACGCCUCAGAUGAUGCAGCAGAUGCAACAGCAGAUGAUGCAACAACAGGGCCAGCAGGGUGGUCAGGAUAACUCGGCUGCCGCAGGAGGCGCCAGCGGAGGAGGUGGUGGUCGAGGAUUCGACAACUUUAACCAAUACCAGCAACAGCCUCAGGGAGGUCGUCGCGGCGGCCGUGGUGGUGGUUACGGUGGCGGCGGCGGACACGGAGGCUACAACAUGGGAGGAGGCGGCGGCGGCGGCGGAGCUCCGACUUCAUGGGAGGGCAUGUAUGACGAUGUCCCUCAGCCGAACCCCAACCAAGGCGGCGGUGGCUUCCAUCGCAGUGGAAGUGCCGGUGGAAACCCUGAUCCCCAGCAUGCACCCCCAGCCAACGCUCCUACGGGACCCAAGAAUGCCGGCAAGCCAGGUGCCAACUACCGCGGAGGCGGACGAGGCGGCAGCCGUGGAUACCACCCAUACUCGCGAUAA